GAGGACCCAAAGUGUGUUUCCAUCGCGAGGGAAGGCCUCGGGUAGUGUUCGUCUCGUUGGUGUCCGGUUAGUAUUCAGUUUUCCCGCGUUUCUUUCGGUUUCCUUUCAUUUUCCGCGAUUUGUAUAUUCGUAAGAGUGAACAUACGUGAGCACGGGAUAAACAGGGACUUAGUGCAGCCGGUCGGACGAGUAAUCGAGGAUCCUGGAACGAUCUUAUCGUGUGUUUACCAGUGUGCUAAGUGUUAUGGGGAUCUAGGAACGCCGAUGAGGAAUCGAGACGCAUGAGAGUCGAUACCGGGUGAACGUUAUCAGGUGAGGGCGCAGCAGCUUCCGGCGAGGCGAAAGAUGGCGGCCGACGGUAUGGAUAAUCCGGCGUUCAUCGGCGAGGAUGAUUCUACGAACAAGACGAAGCAAGAUGACAAUCAGCAACAGGUAACCUUGGACCAGGAUCGCAAGUCGAUGACGGAGAGCAUCCCUGUAGAAAAUGGCCACCAACGAUCGUUUGUGUCGCAGCAACACGUGGAAGGCGGAAGAACGAGUCCGGAACCUCAUUAUAGGACCGAGACGAAGAUAGAACUACCAGAAAACAAUGCGGAUAGAACCGAAACAAAGAUGAACGGUGUUCAUGGAAACGGGAAUAAUAACGAUGCGAGUUUUCUUAAUAGCAGUGCGACUAGUGUGCAGAGUAAUGAUACCGGAAAAAAAGAGCAAAUUGAGGCAGUAAAUUUGGAACUAGUCUCAAUGAGGCCCUACGCAGGCAAUAAUCUUCAAACGAAGGGUCAAGAAGCUUGCGAAGUUCCAGCUGACCCCUACGAAGAAUAUUUCGUUCCAGUGAAUGAACAUCGAAAGUACAUCAGCAGGGGUCCCGAGGCCGAGGUUGAAACAACCGUGGCUGGAGUACGUUUUGAUUUGGGCCCCGGCGUUGGCCGCGAGGGACUCAGCCUGAGAGACCCUGCUGCCGGACUGGUCGACUAUUCCCACUGGCUGACAGCCCUCAGGGGCGAGAAGCUGUAUGUCACGAAGGAUAAGAGAUCUAGGAGCUCGUAUUGGAGACGGAUGGCGUGCUGGGGAUGCGGAUUGCUGGUACUACUGGUCGCCAUUAUCCUUGCGACUUUGGCUGCAACCGGGGUAAUCUUGACCCAAGAAGCAUCAGAGCCACUAGAGAAUCUGGAGCAGACGAAAUCCCGGCAGUUCGGCGACGUACGAACGGCAGGAAGUCAAGAGUACGUGAAGGACCCACCCCCGAGUCCUCCGCCCGCAACAUCGAGUUUCCCUCCCUGGCCGACAACCGAUGAGACCAUGUACAACUUCUUCGUUCCGAACGCGUUGGAUGGAGUGUUGAUGUUGGACGAGUUCCCCUGGGACCCUGAAUUAAGGAGUAACACGUCGAGAGUGUAUAGAGAGGUCAGCAUGGAGCUGGAGAAGCACCUUAGGGACAUGUUGCAGCCCGCGAGCAACGAGACGAUGAUUAAGGUGUACCGUAUAAUGGAGGACGGCGAGGUGGGAUUCAGAAUAAAUUACCCGCCACGGUCAGUGCCGAAGGAGACGCAGCAGGCGUUCGAGGAGACGUUGCAGAAGACUGGGAACAUGCUUGGACAGUAUCACCUGAGCAGACUCGAAGUGAAGAACCUUUGGGACGAGUGUCAGACGGGGCGGUUGGAAUGUGCCGAAAAUUGCAGAUACAAUUACACUUCAGGUACGUUUGGUUGCUAUUGUGCACCUGGCAAGAUGUUGGACUCCAAUGGGAAGAGCUGCAUCGAGGAGAAUGAUCUGAGCAACGUCGAAAUGGAGGAUGAAACUGCGGAGGUUCACACGGAGGUGGUGCAGGAUGUGGUUCAGCCCAGAAGCAGGGGACACGCGGCGCACGAACCUUGGCCAGACUGGGAUCACAAUACUGAAAAGAUACAUUACGACAGUGCGCAUCCACAUGCAGAUAAUGGAUUCACGGAACCAAAGACACAUGUGGAUCAUGAGCAUGGGGUCGGAGAUGACCCGGCUCACUGGAUGCACGAUCAUUCGAGUCAUUAUACCGUUGAACCGAAGGCGGAACCUACGGCGGAACCAGAACACUCGACUGGGGAGCUGUCUGGUGAACUGGAAUCUACUGGGGCAGAACCUGACAAUGAACCGAAAACUGUAGCUGAACCGGAACCUGCUGCGGAGCCUGCUAGUGAACCGGAACCUGCUGCGGAGCCUGCUAGUGAACCAGAACCUUCGGCUGAACCAGAACCUGUUGGAGUGGAACACUCUAGUGAACCUUCUGCUGAACCAGAACCCUCUGCUGAACCAGAACCACCUGUUGGGGCAGAACACUCUAGUGAACCAGAACCUUCUGCUGAACCAGAACCAUCUGUUGGAGUAGAACACUCUAGUGAACCAGAACCACCUGUUGCAGUAGAACAUUCCAGUGAACCAGAACCACCUGUUGCAGUAGAACAUUCCAGUGGACCAGAGCCACCUGUUGGUGUAGAACAUUCCAAUGAACCCUCCAGUGAACCACAACCUUCUGCUGAACCAGAACCACCUGUUGGUAUAGAACAUUCCAGUGAACCCUCCAGUGAGCCACAACCUUCUGCUGAACCAGAACCUGCUGGAAUAGAGCCCUCCAGUGAGCCAAAACCUUCUGAAUCAGAACCCCCUGCUGAACCAGAGCCUUCUGUUGAGCCAUCAGCUGAGCCAGAGCCUCCUGUUGUAAUAGAACACUCUAACGAGCCUAAGUCAGAACCUCCCACUGAACCAGAACCCUCUGCAGAACCAGAACCUUCUGCAGAGCCAGAGUCUGUUGGAGUAGAAUCCUCUAAUGGACUUCCUGUUGGAGUGGAGUCAUCUAAUGAGCCAAAAUCAGAACCUUCUGCAGAACCAGAGCCUUCUGCUGAACCUGAACCCUCUGCUACGCCAGAGCCUUCUGCUGAACCCGAGCCAGCUGCAGAACCUGAACCUUCUGCUGCACCAGAACCCUCAGCAGAACCUGAACCUUCUGCUGCACUAGAACCCUCAGCAGAACCUGAACCUUCUGCUGCACCAGAACCUUCAGCAGAACCUGAACCUUCUGCUGCGCCAGAACCUUCAGCUGAACCCCCUGCAGAAUCCGUUGAACCCUCAACCGAACCAAAGCCUUCUGAAGCAGAGUCUUCCACUGAACCAAAGCAUUCUACUGAAGCAACUCCCUCUCCAGAACCCGAACCUGCUGUUGAACUAGGAGUCUCCCCAGAACUAGGACCCGUAACUGAUACACAUUCGUCCGUGGAACCUAAAACAAGUACUGAACCAGUUGCUGAGCCUGAACCUACGAGUGAACCCUCCAGUGAACCUAAGCCUGCACAACCUGUUGAAGAACCAUUAGCUGAACCUAAAGCUUUAGACGAAAAGGAAUCUUCAACUGAACCGAUGCCGGCAGAACCCAAACCGGAACCCAAACCUGAGACUGAAACUGUCGCUGAACCUACGCCUUCAAAUGAAGUGUCCUCGACGAAAUCGACAAUGACUGAUUCUGAAGAACUUCCUAGCACUACUAUUAAGCCUGAGGCACCAGGUGAGGUAGAAUCUUCUACUGAACAGGAAUUAAUUGUACCUCCUGUAGAAUCUGGACCUUCUGCUGAAGCAAAGCCUCAAAAUGAAGUGGCACACGAUGUGGAGCACUCUACUGAAUCACAAGAUAUUAUGGAGCCUAAAACAACUGAACAGAUGCCUUCUGCUGAACCUAUGACCACGAACAAGGUGUCCAUUGAAUCAGCUACGGAAUUACCUGCCACAGAAUCACCUGAUCUGAUGAAGGCACCUGAGUCCUCGACUGUGAGGUCUGAAUCUGACAGCACGAAUACGCUUAUACCUAACGUUCCAAGCAUGGAAGCAGACUCUACAACACCAAUGAUGUCCAUAGAAACAACACUGCCAAACGUUGAAAAGCCUGCAGAUGAAGUGGUAAACAAUGACGCACCCUUACCCGUGAUUCCUCUGGUAACAGAAGAGCACAUGUCAGAUCACUCGAAGACGACUGCUGCACCUCCAGCAGAGACAACGAUGAUGAACAACGAAGAGAUGACAACCUCAAAAGAAGAGACGCCAAAACAGGUCACUGAGGCUAACGUACAAAGAGACGAAGAGUAUACAACGAUCAGUGUGAGCAACGAGUCAGAAUCAAACUCGGUAGCUUCCAGUAGCCAACCUGUUAUGCCCGAGGUAGAAUCAACCACAAGUUCUGAUACCACCUUAGAAAAUACAACAGAGAUUAAUUCCGUCUCGGAAGCUGGUAACACGGAAACUAUGUCGCGAGAUUUGGGUCAGAUAUUACCCGAAAUGAACGAAACGAACGUCAUCGAUCACAUGCCGACAACACUCUUCCCUAACUUGCCAAAGAACUUCAGCCACAACAUCGAGCCUCUGAUUGAGCCCAUUAAAAACGACACAGAGGAGCACAUCAUGAUCAUACCGGUAGAACACACCGAAGUCCAGGAUCCACAUUCCAUCAUUCCUGAAUUAAUUCCGGAAAGCAUUCAGCCUACCAACUCAUCCACCUGGGUAUCUGAAAGCACCACUGCCGAGAACAAGGUUCCAUCCUCCACGGAGAAGAUCGACGCAGUUCUGAACCACUCUACGAUCCACCCUGAAGAGAACAUCGUCUCCGGUGAUCCAGGUUACGCUGUGCGUUACGAGGAAAACUUGGACCACUCGACUAAUCAUCCUUUGCACCCUGCAAUCUUCCCUGAGAACACUGUGGAGCACGUUACUGAGAAGUCCGAAGUAGCUUAUGAUAAACAUGUCGAUGACAUGUCACCAUUCCUGCCGGACGUUCAGAGGGAGAAGGAGGUGAAGAAGGCACCCAGGCUGGACAAGGACGAGCAGGAUGUUCCUAACCCCUUCGAAGGACACGUGGAAGACGUAGUUACUUACAAGCCUUUGAUAGAACCCGAAAAAACGAACGAGACUGAACCUAAGGACUCUUUGAACGAUGUUCAUCCGGAGAUUCACUUUAUUGAAACGCCUGGUCAGGAUGUGAACAAGGAUGAGAAGGAUGUGAAGGAGGUGAAGGAUGUGGACAAGGAUGUGAAGGAUGUGGACAAGGAGGUGAAGGAUGUGGGGAAUGAAGUGGGUCGUGGAUUCAAGGGAGACGAUUUGAACGUCCUCGAAAUGAACGACACAGAGUCAGGAAUACAGAAUGGACUGCAUACGUAUGACGUCAAAGAUGACCAAACGAUGAAGAGUGAAGGGUCCGAUUUUGAAGAGGACGAAGAAGCUUUAAAGGUGGUGCCACUAGAGGAAGAGAUGAAAGAUAAGGACAGAACCGUGAAAUACACUGUGGAUAAUUCUGAAGUGACAGAGUCUAGCAAACCUACAGAAGCUGAAGAAGCCAUGAACGCAACUACUUCAGAGAAACCUGAAGAGAACGCCGUGGAGGAUCAGUACAACGACAUAAACGACGACACUCUCUCCAAGUACCAACCUGACAAGCUUCACAAGAAGCUCAAAGACGAGUCCAAUAAGCUGGUCAUUCUGGAUUCCGUAGAAGAGAAGUUGAAAGUGGAUGAUAAGAAGACGAACGACAGCGAAGUUACCACACCUGGAAGUGUCGAUAAGCAUGAAGACGCCAGACUGACUACCGAAAUCCCAGAGAUGCCCAUAGAGAUACAGCAAGACAUGUCCACGACGGAGAAGAUCGAAAGCACAACCGUUGAAGACAGAAAGGAGAACGAUUCGGACCACCAUGAGAUCACAACAGUUCAGGUGCCUACUACUCAGACUCUUUCGAUGGAGAAGACCACUGCUCAGGUGCCGAUACUUCCCGAAGAGCUGCGGACCACCGAGAGCGAUUCUUUGACCACCUCGUCCAUGAGACCUGAAACGAACAUGACUGUGGACGAAGAGAAUUCCUCAGCAAACCAAACUGUGGAACAUGUAGACGUUCAGAACAACCAGACGGAGAACUUGAGAACUGUACAUGUUGCUGAGGUUAGUGAUAUGGGAAAAAUGAACACGAGCGAGACCACACCAUCGACACCUAAUGAAGAGAACAUGAAGAGUAUCGCGGAAACUAUAAUGGCGGAGGCAGCUACCACGGUGAUGACGCAUAGACAAGGUUUAGACGGCACCACCGAGGAUGUCAGGCCAGUCACCGAAAUACUGGAAGACGACACCCAGCCUGUGAGCUUCGAUUUCAGGACGCACCUCAUCACAACAACACCUAGGAUCCUGCUAACUGACCUGGACGUAGGAGAUCUAUCCGAAGAGGACUUAAGAGUGAUCCCACUGGAGAAAACGUUGGACCUAAAAAAGAAGUCGACGGACAAGAAAGUUGUUGAUAAGUACAAGUACAAGAAGGAGAAGGAGCUGAAUCUUGAAGAGGAAGAGAACGUGCUGACAGAAGUCCCAGUCUUCUCCACAGAAACGCCGACUCAAGAUGUACCCGAAGUGAAACCAGUGGAAGAAGACUCCGUACCGAAGCUGAAGAUCACGGAGACUACGUUCAACCGAACGGAGGACGCUGAGAAAGGCAGCACCAAAAGGUACCCCAGCUUCAUACCGGUUUCAGAAGAAAUCAUAGAGCCGGAACCCGUGACAGAACCCUUUGGAGUCAUCCGGAAUUUCUAUUUUCAUCGACAAAGCGACUUCACGACAGAGAACCCGAUGGUCAGUGACGAAGGACAUACAACGAUGGAAGUCAGUGUGGACAACGUAACGGAUCAAACUUCUACAAUCGAAUCAGACUCUUUUCAGGGUGUGAAUCGAAUGAUGAAAGAUGAAGCUGUCGCAUCCUCGCAGGCUAGACCGGAAACGAGUCACAUAGACGUGUCUUUUCUGAAUGUUCCUCAGAACGUUGUUUUCUCUAAGUGCACAGCUGGCCAGUUCCAGUGUAUUAAUGGUACAUCUAGGGACGGUGCUUAUUGCGUGCCUCUGUCGGCUAAAUGUGACUCUGAGAACGAUUGUUCUGAUGGCUCGGAUGAACUGAAUUGCAAGGAGGAAGGAUGUCCUGAGAAUUUCCAGUGUAACAGCGGUCAGUGUCUGAAGAGGGAUUUGGUGUGUAAUAGGAUCGUCGAUUGCGAUGAUGGCAGUGAUGAGAAGAAUUGUGAGGAAUGGAAGUGCCAGUUUGAUGAGUUCAGAUGUCCUAGUGGAAGGUGCAUCCCAGGCAUCUGGCAGUGCAAUGGCCGUCCGGACUGCGAGGACCACCGAGACGAGUACAACUGCGCCGAAAGUUGUGGCAACAACGAGUAUCUUUGUCCAACAGAGAAGUGGUGCAUUCCUCUGACGUGGCACUGCAACGGAAUCAACGAAUGCACCAACGGUGAUGACGAAAAACUCUGCGACUGUGGCAUCGAUCAGUUCAAGUGCCAAGCCGGAGGAUGCAUCCCGGAGCAUCUGGUGUGCGACGGUAUAGAACACUGUCCUGAUCAAUCUGACGAAUGGAGCUGUCUAUCGAUGAACACGGAGAAGAACAUAACAGACGCGAAAGAAAACGACGAAAAUGGCCAGGAAUUAACGGAUAGGACCUCGUUGCUGAAAAUCAGACAAUUUAAUGGAGAGCACCGCCUGGUUUGUUCUGACGGAUGGAGCGAGGAGUUUAGUGAUUCCUAUUGCCAGGCUUUGGGAUUCUCGGGCUCCGAGACGACGGACCUACAAACGUGGGACAAGAGUCAGAAGAUUUUGAGGCUGAAGGCGAAUCCGAACCAUCGUAUGCCGUUGGUCGCGAAUCUGGAACGAGUGGAGUUCUGCGUGUCGGACAAAGUUGUGCAAGUCUCAUGCCAAGAGUUUUCUUGCGGCUCUCACUAUGGAGAGGGUCCUACCGCGAGAUUAGUUGGCGGGACUCCAGCUAGCGAAGGGCAAUGGUCCAGCGUGGCCUUGUUGAAGGAACCGAAACAGGGUGCUGCUUGUACUGCCAGCAUCUUGGGACCUAUGCACGUGAUUGCGAGCUAUUCUUGUACUCACAGGUACAGACAGAGCAACGGAUGGCAACUGUUCACCGAUAAAAACUUACUGAAACCACAUCCAGUCAGAAGCAUCAUUCCAUAUCCUCAAGUGAAGUACAAUCAAUUUUUGUACAACAAUGAUAUGGUAUUGGUAGAGCUUGAGAAGCCUCUGACCUUCUCAAGAAAUGUAAGCGCUGUUUGCCUCCCAAAGGACCCAAUUCAGCCAAGGCAAAUAUGUGUCACGGUGGGAUGGGGAUUCCCUGUGAAUGGGGAGGUGGAUUUGCAGAAGUAUCUGACGUUCUUGCCAGUGCCAACUUAUGAUUCCGAAAAGUGUAAUGCAACGAGUCAUUAUGCUGGAUUUAUCACGAAGAAUAAUAUAUGUGCUGGAUUCACUGAUACGGACAAGGGACCUUGCUAUAAUGAUGAAGGUGCACCCCUAAUGUGCGUGAGUGAAUCUGGUGGAUCAGCCAGAUGGGAAAUUCAAGGUCUACUUAGCCACCAUAGCAGAUGCUCAAGGGGACAUCCAGCCAUUUACUCCAGCGUGGAACCAGCAUUAUCUUGGUUACGAAAUUCCGUGCCUGCUUUGCAAACGCAAAGUUAAAAUGCCAGAAGACAAUUCAAGAGGACAGAUCGACUAUGAAGAUAUACUGAUAUUGAUGUCACAAAUGCGGAAGGUUCAUGGGAGGGAACUGUCAGACUGAAUGUCAAAUGAUCUUGUUGUAAUCAAUGAAACGCAACAAACAGAGAAAAACCAUGUACUUAAUUCAUGUCUGUUUUUGUUUCAACCAGUAUGUUCCUACUUAAAUGCGAAGAAUACUGAAAGGCCAUAAUUUGUUCCGCAUUAGAAAAAGAGGUUCUGCGUUGAGAAACGUAUGUAAAUGAUA